AUACAAUUUAACCGCCAGCCGCGCAUUAACAGACAGCUUAAGAUCCCGGCCGUCUGAUCGACCGACUCAGAAAACGGCAAAGAUAGACGGUCACUAAUAAGGAAGAAGUUAAAAUGGGAGCACUCCUCAGCGUUUCGCCACUCUAUCUAUCUCUCUGUCUGUACGCGUUCACGAGCGUUUAAUUCGCCAGAUCGAGCGCCGUACGAAACAACUGGAGAGCUGCGCGAGCGCUGGUGCUGAAGUGUGUCCCAGGUGCGCUCGGAGCAGGACGGAUGGCAGCUGUGCGAAUGGGCUCCAAGGACCAACGGCACAGUCGUGUAGACAUUUUCCACCAGGGCUAUGCGGGGCCACUGGAGGCCCUUCCCCGGGCAUCUACGUUCCUAGAGGAGCAGGACAGGAGCCUGGUGGCCCUGCGGAGACAGGCGGUAAAGAUGGCAACCAAAACCCAUUCAGGUGGUGAGAUGCCCCUCGAGCAACUUCUGGCACUUUAUGGGUACAACAUGCCUGAUCCGGUCCUGGAACAACAACAGGAGCCAAAUGAGCUGGCAGCUAGUCUGCCUGAAAUGACACUGGACAAGGUUCAGAUAGGUAAAGAUCUGCUCUCAGGAGGGGAGGAUGUGGACAACCAUUCCUCUGUUGAUGACCUCACACUCUCCAUCACGUCCCAUGCAUCUGACCUCUUACAAUGCCACCUGAGAGGUGAUGACAAAGACACUUCAGUCAGCUGCUCUGAAGACGACUCAGAAAGCACCUCUAUCCCCUCCAGUGAUGGCCGAAAGGACAUCAUGGUGGGCCCCCAGUAUCAGGCUAUAAUUCCUGCUCUCUGUACACACACUUUUUAUGAAAGAGCCUAUGAAAAUGAGGACCAGUUGUUGUGGACUCCAGAUGUGUUGUCCAGUCUGGCAGUAGAGAAGUUUUUGCUUGAAGUCCAGAGAAAAGGGAGUGACAAUGGACCUACAAACACUCUGAACACAGGAGAUAUAGUCAAAGACAAUGAGCAGGCUCUUUAUGAACUAGUAAAAUGUAACUUUAAUGCAGAAGAGGCACUAAGAAGAUAUCGCUUUAAUGUCAAGGUUUUCAAUGAGCUUUGUGCCUGGAGUGAGGAGGAGUGUCGUAACUUUGAGCAUGGUUACCGUGCCUAUGGGAAGAACUUCCACCUAAUACAGGGCAACAAGGUCCGCACACGCUCGGUGGGUGAGUGUGUAGAGUACUACUACAUGUGGAAGAAAUCAGAGCGGCAUGAGUAUUUCACACAGCAGGCCACUAAGCUGGGUCGGAAAAAGUGCAAUCUACCAUCUGGGAACACAGAGGAUGCUGAGCCGGAUACUGGCGACGUGGAAGGUGCCAAUCAAGGUUUGCCAAGUAGGUCUUCCAUUCAACUCCAGCCUCCAUCGCCACCUGCUGUCAUGGAGCUGGAUAAACAAGAGGAGAGCCUGAAUUGUGCAGCUCAGUUUCAGGGUCGUCCACGACGGAAACGCACACCGCGCUUCCUAUUAAAGCCCUGAGCUUGCUGCUCACAGACAACCUAAAACUGACAGACACAGGUUCUGAGCAAAACAUUGGGGAGCUGGAACUAUGUGCAGGUUCUUGUUCUAGCCCACAGGGGGAGCAGCUGUUCAGACAAUUUUUGCCUCUCCCACAAGCGCUCCAGAUGCCAGACUUAGCCUCCCCGGCCACCCAGCUUUACUUGUCCUCGCUCCCUCUUAGCCACUCCGUCCCUUUUUCCCAGCCAGACUCAGGGCUCCUGGGAGCAGGUCUUAACCAGCUACAACUGGGGUCUUUCUCUGAAGAUCCUGCACCUGCCUGCUCAGAGUAUGUUGCCUCACGGAGGCUUCAAAUGGACUUUUCUUUGCCUUCCUCGCCUGUCCCAUCCGUCCCAGAUUUUGGGGUACUCGGUAGCCUCUUGUGUCCACCUUCCUCCAUCUGCUCCACACCCAUCCAACACAGCAACUCACCUGUUCAGCGAAGAGAAACAUUCCAGAUCUAAGCAAAUGUGACGACUGAGUUUGCAGUUGUCUUCAGGCUACUCCAGAAAAGCCUGAAAUAAAGGGAUAAUUCAACCAAAAAUGAGAAUUAUGUCACCGUUACUCAAGCUCAUGUCAUUCCAAACCUGUUUAAAUAAAAAAAAAAAAUGUUUUUGUCCAUACAGUGAAAGUAAAUGGGGUCCAAAACUUACAAGCUCCAAAAAAUACAUCAAGGUAGCAUAAAGGUAAUCCAAAAAUACACUACUUUUAUUUUAUUUUCAGAAACUUCUUUCCCGUUUCUCCUACUUUUCCCCCAAAAUUUUCCACAUUGACUUACUUUUACUGUGUUCUGCAGAAGAAAGUAAGUCAUACAGGUUUGGAAGGACAUGAGGGUGAAUAAAUGACCGAAUUUUUAUUUUUGCCAGAACGAUCCCUUUAAGGAAUGUGUUCAAGAAUUCCUCGUUUAAACCAUGCGUCUUCUACUAAACUAGUAACCAGGUGUUUUAGGGAGCUGGUUGUCUCUUUCAGACUACUACAUGCAAUGAAAGUGUUUUUAACUACCUAAUUGUAAGCUUCCUAAUUGUAAGAAAAGUUUGAUGGUCUCAUUUUAUAGAACUUUGGUAAGCCCUUCAUUGCAUGUAGUUCUUAUAAGCUCUCAAAACUUAAAUUUUUAAAUCGCUUAUUUCUUUUUGUUAAAGCAUAAAAUGUUUUACUUGUAAAGAAGAUAUCAUCAAGAAUGAACUACUAAUGCAGUUGUUUCGUCCUUUCAUUUGUUGCGAUACCCUUUAUGAGAUUCUGGCUUUCCCAUUGUAGGUUCUUCUUUGUGCAAUAAAAAACACAAGUUCCUCAGGGGCUUCGAUCGUUUCCCUCUCGGUCUGGUCCGUCGGUACUUCAGUACUAAGUGUUGAAGAGGGUUUUUUUAAUGGUUUAUGAAUAUACGCUCCAUGCUUCGCCAACAAAUCCUGAUGUAAGUGACGGAUUCACUCUAUUAAGUUUCUCAGGUUUUGCAGCCAGUUGUCUUUGCGUGAAGCCACAACCUGUCAGCCCUCCAUACUACCCAGAAUCCUUCGCUAUCCAGAGAAACCGGCACUGUCGAAUCUAGUUUAGUACCUCAAUUGUGACUGGACUUCUGUUAUUUAGAAUUUAAAAGCAUCAUGUAUCAUCAUUCACUUCCCUUUAUACAUUCAGAUUCAAAAAUGUUUUUAUAAUUGGCUUUAAGUUUUGACUAUAGUUUACACAAGGUUCAGAACAUACGAAAGGGAGACAAACACCACCUUGACUUAUUUUACUUUUUUUUUAAGCAAUUUAUGUAUUACUCCUCCUGUUGAUUUAUUGUCCCUGUUAUUAUAUUUUGUAAAUAAUAAUAAAAAAAAUGAAAACAAA